GGGACGGCAAUGGCGGCGCAGGGCAGUCCAGUGGGGACGGGGUUUGACUCCUGGUGUAGGCAUUAAAAGUAGUCACUGCCCUUCAAACAGCCGGGGCCGUCCGGUAAUGCUUGUUUCCGGGGGGAAGUUUUCCCGCAGAGCAGUUACAGGAAUGUGCUUGAACUGAUAAUUGCCACCAUGUUCUCACAACGCUCACAGGAUCUGUUAAAGAUUGCAAAUACUCAUCUCCAGAGACUGAAUUUAAAUUUACAUUUGCAAAACCACAGAAGAGCUUUCAGCAAGUCACUGCCUGCAUGUCGAAGGAAAGUAGUGGUUACAGGUAUUGGCUUAGUGUCCCCUCUUGGUGUGGGGACUCAGUUUGUGUGGAAGCACCUUCUUGAAGGAGGCAGCGGGAUUACGUCGCUAGAUGGGGAAGAAUAUGCAGGCAUCCCAUGUAGAGUGGCUGCCUGUGUGCCAAGGGGAAACAAGGAGGGUCAGUUCAGUGAAGAAAGCUUUGUGUCAAAGUCAGAGAUCAAAUCCAUGAGUUCUGCCACUGUGAUGGCCAUCGGUGCAGCAGAACUAGCAAUGAAGGACUCCGGCUGGUCUCCCCAGUCCGAACAGGAUCGCUUAAGUGCCGGUGUGGCAAUUGGGAUGGGAAUGGUUCCACUGGAAGAAAUUUCUGAGACAGCUGCCUUAUUUAAAACAAAGGGUUACAAUAAGGUCAGCCCGUUUUUUGUCCCAAAGAUUUUAGUCAAUAUGGCAGCAGGCCAUAUCAGCAUUAAGUACCAAUUGAAAGGACCGAAUCACGCUGUGUCAACCGCUUGUACCACAGGCGCGCAUGCGGUUGGAGACUCCUUUAGGUUUAUUGCUGCUGGUGAUGCUGAUGUCAUGUUGGCUGGAGGGACUGAGGCUUGCAUUAGUCCUUUGUCUUUGGCUGGAUUCGCAAGAGCUCGGGCCCUCAGCACGAGUUUUAACUCGAGCCCUAAAACGGCCUGUCGACCGUUUGAUUCGAAGAGAGAAGGGUUUGUAAUGGGAGAGGGUGCUGCUGUGCUGGUCUUGGAAGAGUAUGGACACGCCGUACAAAGAAGUGCUAGGAUCUAUGCCGAAGUUUUAGGUUAUGGACUGUCUGGUGAUGCUUGCCACAUAACAGCACCUAAUCCAGAGGGAGAUGGUGCAUUCAGGUGUAUGUCUGCAGCAAUAAAAGAUUCUGGGAUCAAACCUGAAGACGUAACAUAUGUCAAUGCACAUGCAACUUCUACACCUCUAGGGGAUGCUGCUGAGAAUCAAGCAAUCAAGAGACUUUUUAAAGAUCACUCACGUAAUAUUGCAGUGUCCUCAACAAAAGGAGCAACAGGACAUCUCUUGGGAGCUGCAGGAGCUAUUGAGGCAGCUUUUACUGCACUGUCCUGUUACCAUGGAAUUUUGCCACCUACUCUAAACUUAGAGAAAACAGAGGCGGAGUUUGAUCUCAAUUAUGUUCCAUUAACUGCUCAGGAGUGGAAAUCUGAAAAACGGCGUAUAGCACUCACAAAUUCAUUUGGCUUUGGUGGUACUAAUGCAACUUUGUGCUUUGCAAGUGUUUAACUUAUGCUGUGCAUGUUAAGAAAAAAUGGCACCAAUGAUGGUUUUCUGUACUUCUGCUCCUGGUGUGAACUGUAAUCUCGUCUCGGCUUUGAGAGUUGCUCAUUUGAGACAUAAGAACUUUAUUCACUCUAACAUUUACAUCAGUAAUUCUUUUUGAAAGACGCAACUUCUUUUACUCAUUUUAAUAAAAAUAAAUAAAGGGUCUAUUCUUUGUGUGGUGAAGAAGUUUUUGUUCUUGACUAGAACAGGAGACAUUGUGGUUAAAUUUUAUUAGUAUAGAUUUUUGGAUGUGUGUGACACAGAAGUUGUUCAGAAACAUUUAUGCAAAAGAGAUGCUGGCUGACAAGCUAGAGCUCCACAGUUGGUGACUUAACUGCGUGAUGAUACAAGGUUUAUGACUGAGCUCCCCUUUGUUACCCCUCCAUACGUAAUUCUGCCUUUUUCUUCCUUGUAAGUUGUCUCAAAUGUCAUAGAUUUAUGUGCAUUCUUCCACACAAGUGGAAACUUGGAAAAACAAGGCAUCUUCUAUGAAAAAAAAGAAAAAACAUAUGCAGAAACAAAUCUGGGUCUUGUGUCAAGGAGGAGAAAGGGGAAAAAAGAGAAUAGGAAAAUUAAACUAUACCUAAAGCUAACAUGGUAAUGGUGGUUUAGGGUUUUUUCCUGCAAAGAGCAAGUAAAGGACUUCAGCUAUUCCUUCUGGCAUCAGCCAGCAUCUCAGCCAAGUAGUGGCUUGACUGAUAGUGCAGAUGUGAGUGAAGCUGGAUAUCCCUGUUGGUGGGUUGGUUCAUUAAAAGACUUUUUACCAGUAUUCUUUUUGAAAUUGUCAGUCUUAACCUUUGACCCGUGUAAGUGGAAGCAAAGUAACUCAGUGGAUUUAAAAUAAACGACAUAAAAAGUAGCUCCGCUGUAAGUAAAUUUAAUUCUGGAAAAAGCUUACUAAUGGGCUAUCAUGAGGCUUAGCUGUACCCUAAAACCUCAUUAUUUAUACAAAUGGUCUGAAUGCUGAAAUUGAACUGCAUAAUUUUUGCAUUUGCUCUCUUUACUGAAUAGAAAGUUAAAGAGGCUGAUGUGAAAAAUGCAGGCAGAGAAUGAUUAAGACUAUUUCAGAAGCUAAGCUCAUAGAGAACAAUGCAGUCCAAAGCAGAUUAAUGAACAGUAAACCAGAAAGUAAAAUAAUAUAUUACCAAAGGGAAAAUGUGAAAGCAUGCAAGCGAGAGACAGUAUGGGAGUAUGCUGUCAGGGAAAAUACUAACAAACCUCUUAGCGUAUGAUAAUUAACAGUGGCAGUACAAUGAAUGAGGAUGUGGAUUGCAUCCAAUAUAAAAGGCAGAAUAUAAAAUUCAAUGAUGCUCUCUGCAAAUUAUAUGCAAAAAGAAAUUGAUUCAAAGAAUUCAGACUCCAGGAGAGAGCUAGCAGCAGGAUCAUGAAUUCGGAGGAAGUCAUCCAGCAAGCUUCUUCUGGAGACAAUAUUUUUUCAGUUAGUUGUGAUGCAGGGUGGAAGAUGCAAAGACUUGAUAGUGCUACAUUAUUGUGGACCUGAAGUACAGUCUAACUAAACUCACCCAGAUUUGUUACGUGGCUGCAGACCUGUAAUUAAUACUGUGACAGAGAUGCCUCCCUUUCCGUCUGACAGCAGAGAUCGUGGCCCCAGGAGUGUUGGAUGCAGACUGUGGUGUACCGACCAUGAAAAGAGAGAUGAUACUGUCACACAGAAAAAUAGAAACUAAAAUGAUUAAAAGAUCUUUCUCCUCCCUUCAGCCUACUGCAGUUUAAUCAUCUGCUGCAGGUAGCCUUUAAACCAUGAAAGCUUUGUGACAAUAGUUAUUUUAGGUGUUUUGAUUAUGGGUAAUUUUAACAGGCCUAGAUGCAUUAGUAGUAUGCCUUGUAGGGAAUUCAGAUAUUUUAAAAAUGAAUACAGCCCAAAUUUAACCCCUGUCUAUUUGAAUUUUGUUUAUAUAGGUUUCACUUUUAUGUACUUGUUUGAUAUCACCUCUUUUUAUCGCAUACCCUACUUGGCUGAUCAGAGACUACUUACUGCUAAUUACUGCUUUAUUAUGGUAGCUGCAAACAUAAAAGGAAAAUAUAUCUCUCUGUGUUGGUAAUCUAUUAAGUGGGCAAAUGGACCAAUGUUUAAAACAGAAUUCUUUCCUUUAAAAUGUUCCUUUCAUCUUUAAUAAUCAAGAGAUGUAAGGGUCCAGAAUCUGGAUUAAAAAAGCUUCAU